AUGACCACAGCGCUCUUGCUGUUGGCGCUGGUGUUGCUCCCACCCACAUGUGGAAAGCCCCUUUCCGAGAUAAAGCUUAAGUCGUUCAGACUCGGACAGGGAGGAGCGUAUCGCGGUGUGAGCUGUGCGGUCAAGGUGAUGCUCUCCGCCGGACUGGAUCGAGCCGCGCUGCGGGAGCUGCUGCUGGGCCCCAGCCUGGUGCACCCAAAUAUCGUCUCGACGUUUACGACCCGGGCUGCUCAUUUGACAAACGAAUUCUUCGACCUCUUGGAGGGCGGCAGGGGGCUCGUUGGGGCCUGCAAAUGGGGCGACCAGCGGGACUCCAACCAGCCACGCACCCUGGAGCCGGUCCCCAUCCAAUCUGGUGAUGGUUUUGGUGACCCCCAGGGAUUGAAUGAUGGCAUGGACCCCCUGCUUGUACUGCACCAGAUCCUGCACGCACUGGGGGCAGAGACAGGCAAGAUGGUGGUGAUUGUCGUACAGGAGUACUGCGAUCGCGGCACUCUGGACAAUGCGAUUAGCAAGAAGAUCUUUCAGCCCAACCCCUUGUGGGGCUUACGUCUGGCUCGUCGUACAUUGCUACGCACUGCCGGCGAGGUCGCGCGGGGCUUGCUGCAUCUGCACGAUGGCGGCGUCGUACACGGCGAUCUCAAGCCCGCCAAUAUCCUGCUCAACAGCUCCAGGGAGGACCGCCGAGGCUUCACCGCAAAGCUGGCCGACUUCGGGUUAUCCCACGUGCUCCCGGACGCGGUGGCCAGCCUGGUCACGAAGAGCUGGGGCUCCGUUGCGUAUAUGGCACCGGAGGCCUUUGACGGCAAAGUCAGUCGGGCCACGGAUGUGUGGGCGUUUGGAGUGCUGCUCUGGGAAAUGCUGACGGGGUCCCGGCCGUACAUGGGCUUGGGGCAACAGGACGUCAUCCGGGGCAUCCAGAACAACACACUGAAGCUUCGUUGGCCCGAGGGCGCCCCCAUGACGGCGGGCAUCAUUGAGCUGGGUCGCCGCUGUCUGAGCUUCAGCCCGGCAGACCGGCCGGCGUUCGACGAAAUUGCCGAGCAGCUAGUGGCCAUCGAGCGGGCUAUCCGCGCGGAGCUGUUGGGGCCGCAGUCCGGCGGCGGCGGCGGCGCUGCCCGGGCUUCCUCUGACGAGGAGUUGCAGCAGCACCUGCAGCAGCAAGAGCCGGUCGACACGGCGGUUCAGGGGACAGCCCGGAACAUCGCGAUGAGUCUCGUUGCGGUUUGA